AUGGAGUUCGAGACUCUGCAACAGUUCAAGAAAGCUGUAAGAAAGUUCAAUAUUAACCUUGGAAGAAGUAUUUUUUUCCCAAAGAUUGAUUCAACAAGAUGUAAAGCUAUCUGCUAUGAUGAAAACUGCCCGUGGCAAAUUUACUGUGCCAAGAGGUCAUGUCUGGUGAGUUAUCAAGUCAAAACCUUUGUCAAUGAGCAUACUUGCCCACGGAACUUGCAUUGUAAAUCUGCCAAUGGAAAAUGGGUAGUUGAUGAGUUGGAAGAGAAAAUAAGGAAUCAACCUGAUAUGACAGUCAAGGAUGCUGAGAACUACUUCAGAACUGAGUUUGAUGUGCUUGUAAAUGAAAGAAAAAUUUAUAGGUCAAUGGCAACAGCAAGAGAAAGGAUUGAGGGUUCCGAGGCUGCACAAUAUCUUAGGCUUCGUGACUACUCCAAUGAGAUACUGAAAAUAAAUCCAGGUAGUACAGUAAGGAUACAUACAUCUCCUAUGCCUGGGUUGGAGAGUUUCUUAUUUAAGAGAAUUUAUGUUUGUCUGAGUGCAUGCAAGAGAGGAUUCGUUGAGGGAUGUCGACCUUUUAUAGGACUAGAUGGCACAUUUCUAAGAGGAUACUAUGGAGGCCAGUUACUUACUGCCAUUGGAGCCGAUGCAAAUAAUCAUAUCUUCCCAAUAGCAUAUGCAAUUGUUGAGUCAGAGAACAAGGACAGUUGGAAAUGGUUCUUAGAGCUCCUACAGGAUGAUGUCGGUGAUCAUGCAGCAAAUGGCUUUAACCUGAUGUCGGACAUGCAAAAGGGGCUAAUUCCAGCAGUGAAGGAUAUCAUGCCAGGUGCACAUCACAGAUUCUGUGCCAUGCAUAUCUAUCAUAACUUUAGAAAACAAUGGCUAGACUUAGAAAUGAAGGCUGCAAUGUGGGCAUGCUCAAAGGCUACUACACCACAAGAGUUUGAACUUGCAAUGGGGAGGGUCAAGAGAAUAAACCAGCACGCUUGGGAGUAUCUUAACAAAAUUUUCCCGCAACAGUGGUCAAGAUCUCACUUCAGUGAGUACCUUAAGGUUGACUUCUAUACAAAUAACAAUUGCGAGACCUUCAACGGCAAAAUUAAAAAGAUGCGAGGAAAGCCGAUUAUUACCAUGUUAGAGGAAGUGAGAGGUUAUGUAAUGAGGAUUUUGGCAAGAAACAAGAAGGCACUUGUCGGAUAUCAUGGUAGAAUAACCCUGUGCAACAAAGCCGUUUGGAAAGGGACAAAAAAGAGAGCAACUAUUGGAGGCCAUUCCCAUCCGGUGAUAAAGAUGGGAAUGUCUAUGAGGUUCAAAGGCUACAUGUGAAGGUGAGUGUAGACUUGGGGAGAAGGACCUGUUCAUGCAGGUUAUGGCAGCUUACUGGACUUCCAUGUAAGCAUGCCUGUGCUGCCAUUGCAUACCAAAAUCGCAGUGCCGAGGACUUUGCUCACAACUGGCUUACUAUGGGAGCAUACAACCUAGCAUAUCAGUGGACAGUUCAACCUGUCCCAAGCCAGGAGUACUAGGAGAAGGGAAACCACUAUCCAUUGUUGCCUCCAGUGUAUAGGAAGCCUAUUGGGAGACCUACUAAAAAGAGAGACGCUCGUAGAGAUGGUCCUAGAGAGAAUCCUGAUCCCCAUAGAGCAAAGAGGAGAUAUGGCCCCAUUAAAUGUACAUAUUGUCUGAAGACUGGUCAUAACAGCAGAGGAUGUGACAAGAAGAAAGAAGCUAUGGCUAGUGGAGGAGCUGCAUCAGGUAGUGGUCGUCAGCAACAGGGUGCAGAAGUGAGAUCUGAAGGUAUGGAUGUUGAUGAUCUUGAUGAGGAUGCUACCAGAGAGCAAGAGAUGUAUUGGGAAGAGACUUUGGAGGCAGCAGAUGCUGAAGCAUCAGCUUCAGAUUCACCCAGUGUAAGUUAUUUAUAUCCACUCUCUUCUUCUACUUAUUGGCAUGAAGAUA